UGAGAGACCACAAUGAGGUUUGAGAACAUCCUUGCCGAUAUAAACGGAUUUGGAAGAUUUCAGAUAAUGAUCAUUGUAAUCAGCUUCAUUGGCCGCUUCACACUGCCAUGCCACUUCAUGCUAAACAACUUCAUAGCGGCUGUUCCCUCGCACCACUGUGACAUCAGCUCUCUGGAUGUCGGAGGUGUUUUUAGAAAUUUAUCCCAGGCAGAGAGGCUUGUGGUUAGUAUUCCACUCCAGGAGGAUGGGACACCAAACUCCUGUCAGAUGUUUGCAGAGCCUCAGUAUCAUCUGCUGCUCAACUCCUCCAGCAUUACUGAACUACCCACGGUGCCGUGCCGGACUGGAUGGGUGUACGAUAAUACCACCUUCAAGUCUACUCUGACCUCACAGUGGGACCUGGUGUGUGAUAGAAGAGGGAAAAACAAAGCAACUGCUACUAUCUUCUUUGUUGGAGUGAUGUUUGGAGCCAUGUCCUUUGGAAGUCUCAGUGACAGGUAUGGCCGAAGGAUCAUGCUGCUGGUGUCGUAUGUGUCUGCAAUGAUCUUUGCUUUUGCAAGUGCUUUUUCUACAUCCUACGUGAUGUUUGCAGUGCUGAGGUUCUUCACUGGGUUUUGCAUCACUGGCAUCGUCAUUGUCUCAACAGUCCUCAGUGUGGAGUGGGUGGACAUAGAGCAUAGGAAACUGGUGGGAGUGAUCGACAGCUUGUCUUGGACAUUUGGGAACACAGUAUUCGCUGCUAUUGGUUAUUUUGUGACUGAUUGGCGGUGGCUAAUUGUUAGCGUCUCCUCACCUCUAGCCUUCGCCAUCAUCACCUGGAGGUGGAUGCCAGAGUCGGCAAGGUGGCUCAUUGCCAAUGGAAAGCUGGAGCAAGCUCAGAUGUAUUUGAAAAAAUGUGCCAAGAUGAACCAAACAGAGGAGUUAAUUCAUACACUUAAAACAGAGACACUAUCCACUAUUGUGACUGAGAAAAGAGAUCGUGCCUAUUCCUACCUUGAUCUGAUACGAACACCCAAAAUGAGGAAACUUGCCCUAUGUACUGGUAUAUUGUGGUUUUGUGUGGCAACUUCAUUUUAUGGCAUCAGCUUCAACAUCACAGGCUUUUGGCUCAAUAUCUAUCUCACUCAGUUCACCUAUGCUUUAAUUGAGCUCCCGGCCAAAGUAACAGUUUACUACUUACUGGAUAAGAUUGGCAGGCGAGGCACUGAGGUGGGAGCUAUGCUAAUGGCUGGCGUCUGUCUUGGAAUCAACAUUGUAGUACCUACAGAUAUGCCUGUAGUCAGAACAGUGGUAGCAGUCUUUGGAAAAGGGUUUUCUUCAGCAUCCUUUGCAACUGUUGUGCUCUACAGUUCUGAGCUCUACCCCACUGUAGUAAGGCAGAAUGGUAUGGGCUACAACUCCUUCAUGGCUCGACUUGGUGUCGCUGUGGCCCCUUUGAUCCUCUUACUGGAUGAGGUGUGGAAGAACCUUCCCCAGCUUGUCCUGUGCUCUGCGGCUAUACUAGGGGGAGUAGUUGCAAGAACGUUGUCAGAGACACGCAAUAGGUGCCUGCCAGAGACCAUAGAGGAUGUUGAAAAGCAGUGGUAGUGAACAGUCAUCAGUCUUUCCCAAACUUAAAAUCGCGUUUUAUGGGGUCGCCAAUUGGCACAGUAAAAUGCUAUAUAGUGCUUAAUUUAUAAAUCGGGAGGUCCUGGCACACAGAGAGGCUGCUGCUCAGGGUGAGAGAAAAGUCACUGCAUCAAAAAUCCACACUGCCUGAAGCACGUUGUAGCCUACAACGUCGAGGUACUAAACGUUAAAACUAAGUGAAACUGUCAUCACAAACAAAGUAUUAUUUAUUUACGUUUAUUAAUCAGCACAUUCACAAUAAUAACUCGAAUUUAGCAGGGGGAGGCACUCAGAAACAGCUGUUUAAGGUUUGCAUCUCACUCUUCCCCAUUGUUUCCCUUCUGUCUGUAGAUUCUGCUAUAAUGGGGGAGGGGAUGAAAUUAGGGCCUAAACUAUCAAAACUGGAGAUUUUGAUAGUGACAAAGGAGGUGCCGGAUCCAGUCAAUAGAUUCUGGUCCUAAUCUGGGAGGUCCUGUCCUGUCAGGAUUACAUUAAAACUCAAGAAAUUAUUAAAUUUAUUUCAACUUUUACAAGUAGGCUUCAAUGUUACCUACUUUAUAUACUUGACCCCACUCCCAACUCCAGCUGACAUAGUGAGUUUAUUGCCUUACUGCUUCUAUGCCUUAAGUUUUCCUUGCAAGUUUGUUGUGAGGAACUUUAUACUCAGCAAGUUUGAUUUUAGCACUGAUGUACUUUUAUAAUGAAAAAAAUACAUUUCAUACUAGAUUCAU